AAAUAAACAGGCUCUCUAGUUUUCUUCCAAUAAGUAGAGGUAUCAUUGAAUUGGAAAAACAUAAAAAUGGAUCGAGGAGUAAUUUUAGCUUUAACUCUAUGCCUCUUUGGCGUAAGCGUCUACGGUGAAGAUCCUUACAUUUACUACACAUGGAAUGUUACCUACGGUACCAUUUCACCUCUUGGGGCACCCCAACAGGGUAUCCUUAUCAACGGUCAAUUCCCAGGACCUGAAAUCAACAGCACCAGUAACAACAACGUUGUGAUCAAUGUUUUCAACCACCUUGACGAACCAUUGCUUUUCACAUGGCACGGUGUUCAACAAAGGAAGAAUUCAUGGCAAGAAGGUACCCCUGGUACUGCAUGCCCAAUCCUUCCAGGUACAAAUUACACUUAUCACUUCCAAGUGAAGGAUCAAAUUGGAAGUUACUUUUACUACCCCACAACAGGUCUUCAAAGAGCCGCUGGUGGUUUCGGUGGUCUUAGAAUCUUCAGUCGUUUAUUGAUCCCUGUUCCAUACCCUGAUCCCGAGGAUGAAUACUGGGUUAUCAUCGGUGAUUGGUAUAACAAGGGUCACAAAACUCUUAAAAUGAUGUUGGACAGUGGUCGUUCAAUUGGAAGACCUGACGGCGUUAUCAUGAACGGUAAAGCAACUAACGAAGAGCCACUUUACACAAUGAAGCCAGGUAAAACUUACAAAUACAGAAUCUGUAACGUUGGUCUUAAGGACGCACUUAACUUCAGAUUCCAAGGACAUGCUAUGAAGUUGGUUGAAACUGAAGGCUCACACGUUGUUCAAAGCUUCUACGAUUCACUCGACGUUCACGUUGGACAGUGUUACACUGUUCUCGUUACAGCUGAUAAAGACCCUAAGGAUUAUUACAUGGUUGCUUCCACUCGUUUCACCAAGUACACUCACACCGCUACCGGUAUUAUUCGUUACACUAACGGUGCGGGCCCCGCUUCAAACGUUCUUCCACCUGCACCUGUGGGUUGGGCUUGGUCUCUUAACCAAUUCCGUUCUUUCCGUUGGAAUUUAACCGCCAGUGCUGCAAGGCCUAACCCACAGGGAUCUUACCAUUACGGUCAGAUCAACAUCACUAGGACCAUUAAGUUGGUUAACUCCGUAGCCAAAGUUGACGGUAAACUCCGUUACGCUAUUAACGGUGUUUCCCACGUGGAUGGUGAAACUCCUUUGAAGCUUGCUGAAUACUACGGUGUUGCCGAUAAGGUAUUCAAGUACAACAUAAUCGGAGAUGAACCCCCCGCCGAUCUCACUGCCAUCACUAUCGCACCUAAUGUCAUCAACGCAACUUUCCGUACCUUCAUCGAAGUCAUCCUCGAGAAUUCCGGAAAGUCUAUCCAAUCUUACAAUUUGGAUGGUUACUCUUUCUUCGCCGUCGCUUGUGAGCCAGGAAAGUGGAGCCCAGAGAAGAGGAAGAACUACAACCUUCUUGAUGCAAUAAGCAGACACACAAUCCAAGUGUUCCCAAAAUCAUGGGCUGCAAUAAUGUUGACAUUCGACAAUGCUGGUAUGUGGAACUUGAGAUCAGAGCAAGCUGAGAAUCGUUACUUGGGACAACAACUAUACAUUAGUGUUCUGUCACCAGAACUUUCUUUGAGGGAUGAGUACAAUCUUCCAGAGACACAGAUUGUUUGCGGUAUCGUCAAGAGUUUACCCAAGCCUGCACCAAAAUACUCUUAGAGGAUUCAUUCUUUUCUCUCUAUGCCGUCCUAUUGUUUUCAUUAAUUAAGACACCAAGUCAUAUAUAUUAUAAUACUACUACCAAUAAUAUUAUGUAAUGUAAUCAACCCUGUUCUCAGUUCAAUUAUUCAAUUUUCCCAUUAAUUAUUAUUAAUAUUUUGCAUUU